UCAAACGAAUCAAAACAAAAACAUCACAGGUGCACACCGGUUUGGCGGAUUGUGCAAUAGUGUUGUGUUCGAUUUUUUGGGAAAGUGGAUAAGAUAGUUACGAUAAAAAGAUGAUAAAAACCCUGUUUGCAGCACAAAUGCUGCCCGCGGCAAGGUACAGUCUCGGUGCGCUCAAAAAUCAAAGCAAGCCGCUGCAUUUAGUGUCACGAACGGUACACACACGCACGAAGCCUCGUAUUUCACCACCACCGAAGCUACGGCCUACUGGGUCGGAUCACAACGCCAACAGCAUCACACCGUUCGGUUGGGGAUUGUUGAUCAUACCGGCCACUACCUUUGGGCUCGGGUGCUGGCAAGUGUAUCGAAAGCAAUGGAAGGAAGGACUAAUAAGCGAGCUGGAGCGUAAAAUCCACAUGCCACCGGUACCGAUUCCCGAUGACCUUUCCGAGCUGAACCAGAUGGAGUAUGAACCGGUGACGGUGCGCGGUCAGUUUCUGCACGAUCGCGAAAUUCAUUUAGGUCCGCGUGCCUGCAUACAGCACGGUGAUAGUCACACCGCCGGUGGGCUUUUCUCGCAAAAGGAAGCAUCGAUUGGAUUCCUCGUCAUUACGCCCUUCAAGCUCGAAGGACGAGAUGACAAAAUCCUGAUCAAUCGUGGCUGGGUACCGAAACGCUAUCUCGAUCCCGAAACACGUCGCGAAGGUCAGGUGUCCGGUACGGUGGAGUUGCAGGGUGUCGUUCGGCUGCCGGAGAAUCGGCCACAGUUUACGCCCAAACAGCGCGGUGCCAUCUUUAUGUAUCGGGACGUGGAAAGGAUGGCAGCGAUAGGCGGUACGGAACCGUACUAUCUGGACGCGACGGUAUCAUCGACCGUUCCGCUCGGGCCAGUUGGUGGACAGACACGGGUAACGCUGCGCAACGAGCAUCUGUCGUACAUCAUGACGUGGUUCAGCUUGUCCGGCUUUACCACCUGGCUGUGGUUCCGACAGAUCGUGCGCGGCAAAUCGUUUUAAUGCGCUGCCUUUGGUUUGGCAAUAAAAUAGACUGUUUCAUAUUUAAACCAGUUGGUGGCCAUGUGGUUAAUGAUAUUGAUUAUGUUUACGAAGCGUUCUUCUCGUUCGGUUGUUCGGUGCCGUCUUCAUGACGUGCACGAGACUCUUCCCUGUUAACGAGUGUUUUAAAUCCGGUGAAACGCGUCUAGAUCGAUUGAGUCUAGACGAUAGAGAGGAGCUCGUGUGCACUCAAAUUCUUCCCACCAACUAGAUCGUGGAACAAUGCGGCAAUGUCCUGAGGUAGAAGUCCGAACUAAGCUGUCAUCAGCGAACUGUCUUAAUUUGGAUCUUGAGCUAAUCUGGCGAACUUUUUCUUUCGUCGCAAACGUUGUCAGGAAGCCUUAAUAUAAUUGGAGAGCUUCAACCUGGCAGUGGCGAGAAGUGGUUCGAAUGCAUCCUGUGGAAUUAAGAGCUUAAUCGAUACAAUAACCAGUUAUACAGUGGACCGUUGAAACAAUUUUCAUCAAACUCCCCAAGAGUCUCCCAUAUUAGCUCGUGGGGUGCAGCUAAGCUCUAAAAUUUAAGUAAGAAAACACCAUUAAACCAAAUUUUGUUUCUUUUUAACCUUUUUUUUUGCUGUUUCCUUUUUGUCUCUCUUUUACACACUUACUCUCGCUCUCACUCUAACCUUCCCCGAGUCGCGCUGCUCCGUGUUGCAACAUACAUUUCGCAUAAAUCCUUAAACGCCUAGAAGAUAAGCUUCUUUGCUCUUGUUUUUCUUUUCUCUCUCUCUCUUUAAAUAAUUCCUUUCUAAAUGAUGAAUAAAUGAUAAAAUCUACGCGGUCGUUCUCUCUCUCUCUCCGCUUUUCCCUCAACAAUUUAUCAUUCAUUCCUUUGAUUCCCCUUUGUGUUUUUUUUCUUCGUUUUCUCUCUCUCUCUCUGUUUCCAUUCCCUAGUAAUGUGUUUUAUCCUUACACAACUAGCAUUUUUUGUGUGUUUUAAUGUAAUUUUUGUCGGUUUGUUUGUUACACCACAUUCAACUUGUCACACGUGGCCCGGACGUCCCGGCACUAUAGUAUAAGGG